GUCUUCCGGCUACAUCCUUUUGAACGCUAGCGUGUUGUUCCUAGCUGUGGACGGAUGUCAGAAUGGGGAAAGAAGGUUUUUACAGUUGUGUUGAAUGUAGCAGGAAGGCAGCGGAGCUUCACAGAGAUUACAGCAACGGGAUCCUGAAGAUAACAAUAUGUGGCUCCUGUCAAAAACCAGUGGAUAAAUACAUUGAAUAUGACCCUGUUAUUAUCCUCAUUGAUGCCAUUUUGUGCAAGGCACAGGCUUUCAGACACAUUUUAUUCAACACAAGCUUAAAUAUCCACUGGAAGUUGUGUGUAUUCUGCCUGCUGUGUGAAGCCUAUCUCAGGUGGUCUGCGCUCCACGGCUCCGAGCAGAGCAGCGACCCUGCCGACAUAAUCCGUUACACCAAGGAAUGGGAGUUUUAUGGCAAGUUUGGAUUGGCUGCCCUUGAACUGAUGGCGUUCUGCAGCGGCGUGCUGUCAUUCCUCUGGUUGUGGGUGUCCUGUCUGCAGGGAGGGAGCAUAGAGUUGAACCUGCUCCUCAGAGGCUUGCUGCUGUCCUGCUACGGUAAAGUCCUGCUCGUCCCAGCCGUCAUCUGGGAGCAUGACUACUCCCCGUUCUGCCUGGGCCUCAUCAAACUGUUUGUGCUCACCUCCAACUCACAAGCAAUCAGAGUGAUCUUGAACUGCAGCAGGCGUCUGUCUCUGGUGGCUGUUUGCUUUGGCCUGCUGUCAGAAACUCUCACCGCUCAGGCCUGCAGCAAACUCCCAUGGAGCAUCCAGGACAUCCAGGACAUGUGGACUUCAUAAUCAUUGUCUUUGCCAUCUUCAGACUGAAAUAUCUGCUGACUCAGGGAUCGAUUACCUACUACUGAUACCAAACUUAUGCCAAUGGUCUUGGAUUAGAUUUGGAAAAUGUUCUUUAAGGCUUUGUGCAUCUUGUUUUUGGACUUCUUUGAACAGCCAAAAACACAAGAAUGCAUUUGUCCUGUUGUUGCUCUUCAUCAGGUAAAAAGGGCUUAUUAAAGGAUUUUUUCUCAACUUGCGUAACAAGCUAAAAAGUAAGCGUGUAAAAGGGAUUUCUCACACCGUCAUCCUGUUCCCCAGGUUACUGUUUACCUCGCUCCAGUUCCUGAGCCACUCUCCAGGAAUCACACUAACAGACCCCGAGGUUGUAAUUUGACAAUAACACCUUCUCUGUUUGGACUGGAACCAGACAGUUCUAACCACAUUCUUUGGAUUAGUGGUGAGAUGCUUACCUAACCGACUCCUGACACAUAAUGCAUGUAAACACACACACACCUGCGUUAAUCAUAAAUUAAAGUUCACCUUCACUUAUUGCUGUUUUAAGGUCUUGUUAAAAGUUUUUCCUUUUAUUUCGGCUGCUCAUUGACCCACUUUUUGUCCAGUCCUUGUACUUACAGCAAAGCCCAGAAUUUUUCAUUAAAAUAUUUUCAUUCAACCAGGAUGUUUGCUUCUGAUAGGAAAUGAGACGGGCAUCUCUCAGAAGAUGAUAAAAGAAGUGUACAUUUAAAAUAUAUAUAUAUAAUUUUUAUUUCCACACAGAACAUUAUUUAUACCCCUUUCAGUAAUCAAUAGAAAAAUCUAUUGAUAUUACAGCCAUCAAAUAUUUCUUAUAAUUGCUGACCAGCUUUUUGUAUACUUCCUCUGGUAUUUUUGGAUCUUAAGUGGAUCGUUAGUGGAUUUAGUUCCCUUCUUUCAUUUGUGUUUGGGUCUUAAUUACCAUCUUCAUGUGUGAACAUUGUUUGGACAGUAUAAUGUAUUGCUGUGGUGUUUGCGACUGGUCUUGAGGACUACAUUUUCAAGUCUUGGUUUCGUCUUGUCUCUGGAUUUUUUCUCAAGACCAUCACAUCAUAUUUCAAAUGAUUCAAAUGCAACCAAGUUUGAAAAUUCUGAGGUUCAACUAAACAAAACAGCCUAAACUUUCUCAUAGGUUGUCUGCUACAUGUAGACAGCACUGGUUGAGUUUCGGACAUGUGUUUUCCAGAUUGAAUCAUAGAUUAACGAACAUUAAAACAUCCCACUGAAUGUGGUCAGGUACAGAACAGGAAAUGAGUGGAAAAAGCAUCCAAAGUAAAACUUGGAAAGAGCUUCAGGAGGUAUGAGAAAUUACUGAUAAAGACGAUUUUUAAAGAUUACGAGAAAGUCGGAUUUAUGAGAUACAAAAUGUAAAGAAAGGAGGGAUCUUUCUACAUUGUAUCACAUCAUUCAAUCAGUACCGACCUUUUUUUCCAGUCUUAGAGGGAUCGAAGCAGCUUUAACGCCUACCACUACGAUACACCAUCCUUUACAGCUGGUAUGUGGAGGCUGUCAUGGAAAAUAGUUUUGCUUAUCUUUGCUUAUCAGACAGGAUUCUGUGACUAAUAAAAACAUCUGCAUUUAA